AUGAAUAAUACCAAGAGGACCAUCUAUGUUGGAGGCUUAGCUGAAGAAGUUGAUGAAAAAAUUCUUCAUGCAGCAUUCAUACCAUUUGGCGAAAUAAUAGAUAUUCAGAUACCACUUGAUUAUGAAUCAGAAAAACAUCGAGGAUUUGCAUUUAUAGAAUUCGAAUUAGCUGAAGAUGCUCUGGCAGCUAUCGAUAAUAUGAAUGAUUCAGAAUUAUUUGGUCGCACAAUACGUGUUAACAUAGCUAAACCACAGCGAAUUAAAGAAGGUUCAUCAAAGCCUGUUUGGGCAGAAGAUACUUGGCUGCAAGAGCAUGCUGGUGAAACUCUUAAUAAAGACAAUUCCACAAGUAACAUUCUUACGACCCCCGUAAAAGAAAAGCGUAAUCCACAGGUUUACUUAGAUAUUAGUGCUGGAAAACAUGAAUUGGGCCGUAUUAUAAUAAUGUUACGAGCAGACAUUGUUCCUAAAACAGCUGAGAAUUUCCGUUGUCUCUGUACUCAUGAAAAAGGUUAUGGUUAUCAAGGAAGAGGUGACUUCACAAAUCAUAACGGCAAGGGUGGUAAGUCAAUCUACGGUAACAAAUUUGAUGAUGAAUCGUUUGAAUUAAAACACACUGGACCAGGAAUAUUAUCUAUGGCUAACUCCGGGCCCAACAGCAAUGGUUCGCAAUUUUUCUUAUGUCUCGCUAAAACUGAUUGGCUUGACAAUAAACACGUUGUUUUUGGACACGUGCUCAGUGGACUCGAUGUACUAAAAAAAAUGGAAAAAUAUGGGAGUAAGGGGGGUACAGUCUCGCAAAAAGUCGUUAUAACUACAUGUGGAGAGUUGUCUUAA